AUGAUAAUCGAACUUCCUUUAGAAAAACGUGUUAAAAUUCGAGAAUUGCUGGAUAAAACUUUAAUUAAAGGAAUGUUGAGUUUUCACAAUUUAGAAAAAUUUAUAGGAGUCUUAGUCGCGGCUUGUCCGGCAGUAGCUUACGGUUGGCUAUACUAUAAAGAGCUCGAAAUCUUAAAACAAAACGAAUUAAAAAUACCUAACUUUAACCCGAAUAAAAAAGUCGUUCUAUCCGAGGAAGCUAUGAAAGAUUUAAAAUGGUGGCGUUCGCAAAUUGAUACCGCUAAGAACAAAAUCAGAACUAGUUCUUUCGAUUUAGAAAUCUUCUCUGAUGCCUCCAGCACAGGCUGGGGUGCCACUUGCGGUGAACUUAGAGCCAACGGGUUCUGGAAUGAACAAGAGAGGCUUAAACCUAUCAAUUAUCUCGAACUCAAGGCUGCCUUCCUAGCUCUUAAAUGUUUCGCGGCCACGGCUUUCAAUAACCAAAUACUUCUUAGAAUAGACAACGUAACCGCUCUAGCUUACAUCAACAAAAUGGGGGGUACAAAAUCCAAAGACUUAAAUAAAAUCACGCGGCAAAUUUGGGAAUGGUGUAUAGUCAAGGGUAUAUGGAUUUUUGCAGAAUAUGUGGCUUCCAAAGAAAACCCGGCUGAUGAGGGCUCUCGAGUUUGUAACUUAGACACUGAAUGGCAGCUAGCGGAUUACGCUUUUCAAAAAAUCGUGGAUAAGUUUGGUUUCCCUUCGAUAGACCUGUUUGCGUCGCGAAUUAAUAACAAAUGCGAAAAAUAUUGUUCCUGGACGAGAGAUCCAGAUGCUUUUGCCAUAAAUGCAAUGACGAUUGACUGGAGAAACGAUUUUUGGUUCGCGUUUCCUCCAUUCUCACUUAUUACUAGAAUUUUAAAAAAGAUACGAGACGAGGGUUCCAGAGGAAUAUUAGUAGUUCCACUAUGGAAGGUUCAACCCUGGUUCCCAGUUUUUAAGCAACUUCUCAUAUCAGAAAUGAUUGUUUUCAAUCCUUCAAAACAUUUAUUACUCUCUCCUUGCAGAAAAAUAAGCCACCCUCUGUCGGACAACCUUUCCCUGGCGUGUGGCAUUGUAUCCGGGAAGCGUUCAAGAAAAAGGGACUGGACGACAGCACAGUCAACAUAA